AUGGCUCCGGGGGCUCUGGGGUGGCUGUGUCCCCCUCUGCUGCACUGGGGGCUCAGUGGGCGGGGGCGGCGGCGCUGCUGCAGGGGGCUCCUGCUGUGCCUGGGGCUGCUCCUGCUCUGGGCUUCCAUUUUCCUCUACGGCACCUUCUACUGGGCCUACCUGCCCAUGGCCACCGAUCGUGCGGCCCAGUGCACCUGCGCGCUCAGGUCGGACUGUGACGUUGCCCCCCCUGAGCUCUGCUCCUUCCCCACGGCCAACGUGUCCCUGCUGGGGGAGCACCGCGAGAAGGUGCUGCUGUACGGGCAGCUGUACCGCGUGUCCCUGGAGCUGGAGCUGCCGGAGUCCCCGGUGAACCGGGAGCUCGGCAUGUUCAUGGUGGCCGUCACCUGUUAUGGGGCCGGGGGGAGACCCUUGGCCUCGUCUGCACGCGGUGAGACCACCGGACCCCUGGGGGCCUGUGGGUCGGGGGGCUGUGAGGGGCUGAUUUGGGAGUCUUUCCCCCCACCACCACCCCAGACCAUGCUCCAUUACCGCUCCCGCCUGCUGAGGACCCUCCACACCGUGGCCUUUGCCGGGCUCUUCCUCAGCGGCUUCGCGGAGCAGACGCAGACCCUGGAGGUGGAGCUGAUGGACCGAUACCGCGAGGACCCCUACAACCCCACAGUGGAGGUGGUGCUGGAGCUGCGCAGCCGGCGGGUGCAGUUUUACAGGGCCCAGCUGAGGGUCCACGCCCACUUCAGUGGGCUCAGGUACCUGCUGUACCACUUCCCCUCACCUGUAGCCCUCCUGGGGUCGUGGGAACUGACCCUCCUGGCUCUGCUCACCCUGGGGUACCUGCAGUGGGGAGGGGCGGACCCCGCCCCCGCCUCUUCCAGGCCCCCCACAGGACACGAGGAGCGAAGGGACUGA